ACAUGCGCACACACUCACAAGACAGAGACACUUGUGUCCCGCUGUCACACUCUGUGUGUGGACUUGCUUGGAGCAGAUGGUCUAAAAUGAGCUCCUCAGGCUGGAUACUGGCUGUGUGUCUUGUGGUUCUUGGAGGAGAAGGACAUGCGGUGCAGGCUAAAGAACGGUCAGGCAGCGAGAGGAACUGUUCUGCUAAUCCUCCGUAUUUGCCACCGACAGCUGUAAACACAACUCUUCGGCUUCGUAAUAUAAGAGCGUCCAUGAUCCCCCUGAACAUCUCUGCCUACAUCAUUCCUGCCACAGACGCUCAUCUGAGUGAGUACAUCGCCCCCAGAGAUGCGCGGUUGGCCUGGAUGUCUGGCUUCACUGGCUCUGCAGGCACAGCAGUGAUUACUCAAAACAAGGCUGUUUUGUGGACCGAUAGCCGCUACUGGAUUCAGGCACAGAGACAAAUGGACUGCAACUGGGAGCUACAGCAGGAUAGUUCCAUCCGCAGCAUCACCAACUGGCUGAUCCUGGAGGUCCCUGAAGGGGAUCAGGUGGGCUUUGACCCAUUCCUCUUCUCUGUAGACACAUUUGACAUCUACAACACCAACCUGGCUCCAGCAGACCUGAUCCUGAAGUCUAUUUCUGAUAACCUGGUGGAUAAAAUAUGGACAGACCGACCUCCUCUGCCUCCUGACAACCCCACGCGCUUACCUGACAGUGUCAUCGAAAGGACCUGGCCAAUGAAAGUGGAGCAAAUACGAGCCCAAAUAAUUGACAAUCCAUACAAGCCCACUGCUGUGCUACUUUCUGCUCUGGACGAGACCGCAUGGCUAUUUAAUCUACGAGGCAACGAUGUCCCUUAUAAUCCAUUCUUCUAUUCUUACACUCUGCUGUCGAUGGAUGACAUAUGGCUCUUUGUGCACACAGAACGAAUAACAGAAGAGCUGAAGGUGUAUUUGAAUGCUUCGUGCUACCAGUCGCUCUGUGUUCAUCUGCUCGAGUACAGCUCUGUGCGCACGUAUCUGCAGUCAUAUCUGCAGAGACCCAACGUCAGGGUUUGGGUUGGUACAGAGUACACCAACCAGGCCCUAUAUGAGCUCAUUACUCCUGAGGACAAACUACUGACCAGCACCUACUCUCCUGUACUGACCACUAAAGCAGUAAAAGAUAUGACGGAGCAGCGGAUUCUCAAAGAGGCUCAUGUUAGAGAUGCAGUCGCAGUCAUGCAGCUUCUCCUGUGGCUUGAGAAGAAAGUUCCAGAAGGCGCAGAGACUGAGAUUACAGCAGCUCUAUAUGCUGAUCAGUGUCGCAGCAAACAGAAGAACAGCCGAGGGCCGAGUUUUGAAACCAUUUCUGCAAGUGGACCCAAUGCUGCUCUUGCUCACUACAGUCCAUCUAAUGACACUGCAAGGAAGCUGACAGUGGAUGAGAUGUAUCUUGUUGACUCCGGAGGACAGUACCUUGACGGCACUACUGAUAUAACGCGUACUGUGCACUGGGGUAAACCCACUGACUUUCAGAAGGAGGCCUACACAAGGGUGCUCAUGGGAAAUAUAGAGAUUUCAAGAACCAUAUUUCCUGCUGGAACCAGAGGGGUAUACAUGGAGAUGCUGGGACGAAGAGCAUUGUGGGAAGUUGGCUUAAAUUACGGUCAUGGCACUGGUCAUGGUGUGGGGAACUACUUUGGAGUUCAUGAAUGGCCUGUGGGUUUUCAGUCCAAUAAUAUUCCAUUUCAAGAGGGAAUGUUUACCUCAAUUGAGCCUGGCUAUUACAAGGAAAAUGACUUUGGUAUUAGGAUAGAGGACAUUGCUGUCACUGUUCCAGCUUCUACAAAGCAUAGCAGCAAGUACCUGACGUUUGAGACUGUUUCACUGGUGCCUUAUGACAGAAACUUGAUAGACACAUCUCUUCUAAAUCUUGAGCAGUUGCACUGGUUGAACUCUUACUAUGAGACAAUCCGGAGUUUGGUCGGACCUGAGCUGCAGAAACAGGGCCUGAAGGAGGAAUACGACUGGAUGAUGAAGCACACAGCCCCGUUCCUCAUAGCGGGAGCUUCAGCUGUGGUCUCCUCAAUCACACUCUUCUGCACAGUACUACCCUCUGUUUUACUGUAUAAUCUGCUGUAAUAGACACCAUCAGGUACAAACUCCAGUGCUGAUUUACCCUGUGAUCUGGUUGUUUAUCAAGCCAUUUUCUAAAGAUUCCCCAAAUCUUGUUAGGAUUUAGCCCGUGUUUAAAUUAGUGUUUGUAUUAUAUAAUAUAUUUUAUGACAAAGUUGUUGCUUAUAUUUAAUUAAGGUUCUUUAAAGGCACCAUUAAAAUAUAUGCAUGUGUGAGCAGAUAUUAUAAGACAAUCUUUGUUGAAUUAUAGUUGUUUUUUUAAUAGGAUUACUUAACAAUUCUUUAAUUUACAGUCAGACUUUCUAAUCAUCAAACUGGACCAAUUCACACACAGUGUCCAGACAGCAAUAACACCCUCAACAUGGGACUUCUAGCACACACAAAAAACUAGAUUUCAUAGAUCCACUUUUUUUAAACAUCUGGAAAACAUCUCAACUAAAAAAACACACAAAAUAGACAUUUUUUUAAAAUCUGCAUUUUUAUUGUGUGGUUUCAGUAACUUGCAGCGAUGUAGAUAUGAUCCAGAUCAUCCCAUCACUUUGGUUGGCCCGUUUACGACUCAGAAACACUUUUAAAAAUAAAGGUUAUUUUUGGCAUCACUGAUUCCACAAAGAACAUUUUAAUUGCACAAAAUGUUCUUUAUAGUGGUCAAAUUUUCUUUUGAAUAUUACAAACCUUCACACUAAUAAAAAAUAUUUUUUUA